CAUCUCUGCACUACACUUCAAAAUAGAAUUGUGCUAGGAAAAAUAUAUUACCGAUAGUAAAACUUGACAUAUGGUACAGUGAAAUUUUAGUUGUUUAAUUUUGUGUAGAGUCGAGGCAAACCGCAGGGGGAGUUACCGUGCUUCGGAAGAGGUUGGAAGUUCCCUUGCUCCAUUCCGGAAUUGUCAUCACGCCGCUCGUUCUCGGCCAUUUUUGCAAGUGCAACCUCCGAAACAUAAAAUACAAUACAAUACAGUUGUUACUGUUAAUAUAUUCGGAGUACGCCACCUCACAGAGACGUGAACAGCAGUCAUGUCGGACUUUAUUGAGAGUGAGGCAGAAGAAUCAGAGGAGGAGUUUGAGGAGAAGGACUUAAAGCCUAAGAAGAACCAGAGGUUUUUGGAAGAAGAUGAUGAAGAAGACGAGGAUAACCCAGAAGACCAAGAUGAGAAGGGGAAUUUACGUGGCUUCAUUGAUGAUGGAGAUGAGGUAGAAGAGGAGGAAGAAGAAGUGGGGAAAAGUGGAAGUGGAGGUGGGAGUGAUUCAGAAGAGGAAGUGAGGCGUCGACAUAAAAAAAAACGCAGUUACGAUGACUAUCUGGAUGAUGAUGACCUUGAUCUAAUUGAGGAAAACUUGGGUGUCAAAGUGAAAAGGAGGAAGAAGAAAUAUGACCGUGUAAAAACACUGGACGAUGAUGAAGAAGAUGAUGACGAGAAGGACUUAAUCGCAGAUGAGAUCUUUCAUGGGGAUGGUGAGGGAGAGCUGGAGGAAGGCGAGGCUGUUGAUGAACCUCUCCAGCACGCUGAUGAUGAUGAAGAAGGAGAGGAUGAGGAAUCAGAUAUUGAUGAUUUCAUUGUGGAUGAUGAUGGCCAGCCCAUCACCAAAAAGAAGAGCAAGAAGUUCCCAGGAUACACAGAUGCAGCCCUCCAGGAGGCUCAGGAGAUUUUUGGUGGCGACUUUGACUUUGCUGACUUUGACGCCGAUGCUUAUGACCAGGGUGAGGAGGAUGAUGAUGAUCAAGAAGAGGGCUGGGAUCAACCCAAGAAGCAAACUAAGAGGAGGGUGGGGAGGAAAAGCAUUUUUGAGAUCUAUGAGCCAAGUGAGCUCGAAAGUAGUCACAUGACUGACCAGGACAAUGAGAUCCGCUCCACAGACAUGCCUGAGAGGUUCCAGUUGCGAGCUAUUCCUGUUAAACCAGCUGAGGAUGAUGAGCUGGAAGAGGAAGCAGAGUGGAUCUUCAGACAUGGCUUUUCCACUCUCACAAUCUCAAUGCAGGAAAGCACAGAUUAUCUGGACAGGGGCACAACCACAAACUUCAGCAGGAAAGGUCCCAGCACAAUUGCCAAGAUCAAAGAGGCCCUCAACUUCAUGAGGAAUCAACAGUUUGAGGUUCCAUUUAUAGCUUUCUACAGGAAAGAAUAUGUUGAACCAGAGCUAAAUAUCAAUGACCUGUGGAAGGUGUGGCAGUGGGAUGAAAAGUGGACUCAGCUGAAGACCCGGAAGCAGAACCUGACCCGUCUGUUUCAGAAGAUGCAGUCCUAUCAGUUUGAGCAGAUCUCUGCUGACCCUGACAAACCUUUGGCUGACGGUAUCCGUCCUCUGGACACUACUGACAUGGAGAGGCUGAAGGAUGUACAGACCCUCGAAGAGCUGGGCGACGUCUACAAUCACUUUUUGCUCUACUAUGGACGAGACAUCCCCAAGAUGCAGAAUGCUGCCAAAGCCAACAAGAAGAGGCUCAAGAAGAUCAAAGAAGUGUCAGAGGAUGGUGAAGAGGAGGAAUUAGAGGUAGAAGAAGAAGAAGAACAGAAAGGACCCGACCUCAAGUUGGCAUCCCGUAGGGAUAUGUACAGCAUCUGCCAGAGCGUAGGACUUGAUGGCUUGGCUAAAAAGUUUGGUUUAACUCCAGAGCAGUUUGGAGAAAAUCUGAGGGACAGUUACCAGCGUCACGAGACGGAGCAAUUCCCCGCUGAGCCUGUAGAGCUGGCCAAAGAUUAUGUUUGCAGUCAGUUCCCUACACCAGAGGCAGUGCUGGAAGGAACUAGGUACAUGGUAGCCAUGCAGAUCGCUCGGGAACCUUUGGUCAGACAUGUUCUCAGACAGACCUUUCAGGAGAGGGCAAAGGUCAACAUCAAACCCACAAAAAAGGGCAAGAAGGAAAUAGAUGAGGCUCAUUUUGCCUAUUCUUUCAAGUAUCUUAAGAACAAGCCUGUAAAAGAGCUGAAUGGGGAUCAGUUCUUGAAGAUGUGCCUUGCAGAGGAUGAGGGGCUGCUUACCAUUGAUAUCUGCAUAGACCUUAUAGGUGUCAAAGGAUAUGCAGGGGACCAGACGUACUUUGAUGAGAUCAAACAGUUCUACUACAGGGAUGAGUUCAGUCACCAGGUGCAGGAGUGGAACAGACAGCGAACCUUAGCCAUAGAGAGAUCUCUCAAUCAGUUCCUCUACCCUCAGAUGGCCAAGGAGCUGAAGAGCAAACUGAUCGCUGAGGCCAAAGAGAGCAUCGUCAGGUCCUGCUGCCGCCGGCUGUAUAACUGGCUUAAGGUGGCUCCAUACAGGCCAGAUCAGCAGGUUGAGGAAGAUGAUGAUCUGAUGGAUGACAAUCAGGGAAAAGGCAUCCGGGUGCUUGGUGUAGCAUAUGCGCCCAGCAGAGAUACUCCAGUUUUCUGUGCUCUGAUCAAUGGGGAGGGAGAGGUGAUGGACUUCCUUCGUCUGCCCUACUUCAUGAAGAGGAGGAACGCCUUUAGGGAGGAUGAGAGAGAGAAGAAGGCCAGUGACAUUGAAAAUCUCAAGAAGUUUCUGUCCAGCAAGAAACCUCAUGUAGUAGCUGUUGCUGGAGAAAACCGAGAUGCUCAAAUGAUAAUGGAGGACAUCAAGAGAACUAUCAGCGAGCUUGAGCAGGAGUCCUCGCUGCCUGCUGUUGGAGUGGAACUUGUUGACAAUGAACUGGCCACCCUGUACAUGAACAGCAAGAAGUCUGAGGUUGAUUUUAGGGAUUAUCCUCCGUUGCUGCGACAGGCUGUUUCAGUAGCCAGGAAGAUCCAGGAUCCCCUGGUGGAGUAUGCUCAGGUCUGCAGCACAGAUGAGGAUAUUCUCUGCCUCAAACUACACCCGCUGCAGGAACAUGUGGUGAAGGAGGAUUUGCUCAGUGCUCUUUACUGUGAGUUCAUCAACCGUGUCAAUGAGGUUGGAGUGGAUGUGAACAGAGCCAUCGCUCAUACUCACACUCAGAGCCUGGUUCAGUAUGUGUGUGGUUUGGGUCCGAGGAAGGGCUCUCAUCUUCUCAAGAUUCUGAAGCAGAACAACACUCGCUUGGAAAACAGAACGCAGCUCGUCACAAUGUGUCACAUGGGACCCAAGGUUUUUAUCAACUGUGCUGGUUUCAUCAAAAUUGACACGGCUUCACUUGGGGACAGUACGGACUCCUACAUCGAGGUUCUGGAUGGUUCUCGUGUCCACCCUGAGACAUACGAGUGGGCUCGCAAGAUGGCUGUAGACGCCCUCGAGUAUGACGAGUCGGCAGAAGAUGCCAACCCAGCCGGAGCGCUGGAGGAGAUCUUGGAAAAUCCAGAACGUCUCAAAGAUCUGGACUUGGAUGCAUUUGCUGAAGAGCUUGAGAGACAGGGUUAUGGCAACAAGGGAAUUACUCUGUAUGACAUCCGUGCCGAGCUGAGCUGUAGGUACAAAGACUUACGAGUUCCCUACAGAGUCCCUAACACUGAGGAGGUUUUCAACAUGCUCACCAAGGAGACUCCAGAGACCUUUUAUAUCGGUAAGCUGAUCACUAGUGUAGUGACUGGUAUCGCUCACCGGCGGCCUCAGGGAGAGAGCUAUGACCAGGCCAUUCGUAACGAUGCUACAGGCCUUUGGCAGUGUCCCUUCUGCCAGCAGGACAACUUCCCUGAACUGAGCGAGGUGUGGAAUCACUUUGACAGUGGGUCGUGUCCAGGUCAGGCGAUUGGAGUGCGUUCCAGAUUAGAUAACGGUGUGCAAGGGUUCAUUCCCACCAAGUUUCUCAGUGACAAAGUGGUCAAACACCCUGAGGAAAGGGUCAAGGUGGGCAUGACAGUUCAUUGUCGCAUCAUGAAAAUCGACAUUGAGAAAUUCAGUGUUGACCUCACGUGCCGCACCUCCGAUCUGAUGGACAAGGCCAACGAAUGGAAGCUCCCAAAAGACAGCUACUAUGACUUUGACCAUGAGUCUGAAGACCAGAAGCUGGAGGAGGAGCUCAAAAAGAAACAACAGCGAACACCCUAUAUAAAGCGUGUGAUUGCCCACCCCAACUUCCACAACAUCAGUUUCAACCAGGCAGAGAAGAUGAUGGAGACCCUGGAUCAGGGGGAUUUGAUCAUUAGGCCCAGUAGCAAGGGAGAAAACCACCUCACAGUCACCUGGAAAGUGGCUGAUGGUAUCUACCAGCAUGUUGAUGUGCGAGAAGAAGGCAAAGAGAAUGCAUUCAGCUUAGGUCACACUCUCUGGAUCAAUAAUGAAGAGUUUGAAGAUCUGGAUGAAAUCACUGCUCGAUACAUUCAGCCAAUGGCGUCAUUUGCCCGGGAUCUGCUGGGCCAUAAGUACUUCCAGGAGUGCAACGGGGGAAACAGGGAGAAAAUGGAGGAGUUGUUGAUCAGGGCGAAGAGGGAGAAGCCCACUUUCAUUCCUUACUUUAUUUCAGCAUGUAAAGACCUACCAGGAAAAUUCAUACUGGGCUAUCAGCCACGUGGAAAACCACGGAUUGAAUAUGUGACUAUUACCCCAGAUGGCUUCCGCUACCGUUCACAGAUUUUUCCGACAGUGAAUGGGCUAUUCCGUUGGUUUAAGGACCAUUAUCAGGAGCCUGUGCCAGGAAUCACUCCCACCAACAGCAGCCGUACAAGAACGCCUGCAUCCCUGAACGCCACCCCAGCUAAUAUUAAUAUUGCAGACUUGACACGAGCUGUCAACGCCCUCCCACGCAACAUGACAUCUCAAAUGUUCAACGCCAUCGCUGCAGUCACGGGCCAGGGCCAGAACCCCAACACGACCCCUGCACAGUGGGGCUCCAGCCAGUACGGCUACGGUGGCAGCACGGGUGGAGGAGGAAGCUCGUCUGCGUAUCAUGUAUUUGCCACACCUCAGCAACCCAUGGCAACACCCAUGAUGACACCCAGCUAUUCGUACACCACGCCGAGCCAGCAAGCCCUGGGCACGCCGCAGUACCCCGGCUCCACCCCCCAGUCCUCACAUUCUCACGCCCACCCCCACCCACACGGAAGCCACAUGCCACAUCACAGCCAUCACGGCCAUCACAGCAGUCACCACGGCCACUCAUCGGGCACACCGUCAUCGUCCACCUCAUCCCGAGGACGAACGCCGCAGCAGCAGCAGCAGCAGGCGCCAAAGGCAAGCGGCAGCAGCUCCUCCGCGGUGGACUGGGGCAAGAUGGCCGAGCAGUGGCUGAAGGAAAAGGAAGCAGAGGGCCGGAAGAAAGCUCAGAGGAUGACACCACGACCGUCACCCAGCCCUAUGAUCGAGAGCACACCCAUGUCAAUCGCCGGAGAUGCCACGCCACUGCUGGAUGAAAUGGACCGAUAGGGCACACAGGGGGGCGUUGCUUUACACCCCCCCCCCCCUCCCCCAACCUUGUUCUUUCUUCACCCGACCCCACCCCUCCCAGCCCCUUCAUCGCGCUGCGAUGCGUUCCGUCACCUCAUGAUAUUGUUGCUGCAGUUGUCACUCUGGUGUGACGGCUCAGAUCAACCCAUCCUUUCACCUCCUGUCAGCCCAAAUGUUUCAUAACCUCACCUCCAGCCACCUCAUGCUUCGGCUGCAUAGUAUUUUGUAUAGUCAGAGUAACACUGUAUUUGUCAUGCAAAACGUCAGUAGAAUGACAGGAAAAAAUAAAAAACUUGAAGCAUGUGGCAGCAGUUACAUAUAGGACAUGGACCUACACAGACGUUGAAGGACAAGCUGUCCUGCUAUCUUUAUUUUUGCGAUUGGUUUUAGUUUGAUGGAGGAAAUAGGUUUGACAGACAGAAACAAAAACCCAAUCUAAUUACAGUUGGCAGUUUUGCGAGCAGUUGCCAAAAGAGCGUUUUGCCAAGCCGAUCAGGAAAUUGAAUAUUUGUAUGGAAUGCAUCAGAACGAAUAAAGACUUUUUUUCUGUUUGAACCUUAAGACUCCACUCUUCACAUCUGUCAGAGCAAACAUGUUACUGAGCAGACACACACGGUGACAGAGGGGGUUCAUAACGCAAGCUUCUGUCAGGUAUGAAUUACUGACUGACUUAUUACUGACAGUUGUCUUCACCGUAUGCUGUAAUAUGAUCAGCUGACACCAUGUAUUUGGCUCCUGUAGAUAGCCUCUAAUGUAUUACUGAAUUUUUAUGGCCUGUGCUGUGUGGACAUUAACAAUGUGCCACACUGGGAGCGGGUUGUUUUUGGAUGACUUCUUGUGCUUAUGUGCAGAAGUUCUCAUUUUAAUGUUGAUUUUAGUAACAGUUAUCUCACUGGUGGAUUCUUGAAGAAGCGUUCCCGACAGUCUGUCAGAUGAUGAUUUUUCUUUUUCUUUUUUACGUUUAUUCAGAUUUGAAUUUGUUAAAUGUUUAAAACUUAAAUGUUUGCAGAUCAGUGAAUAUUGGUUUGUGAUGUUUCCACCUCAAAGGAUGUGAUCUUCAUGCGCUGCUGCUGUAAUUCUGCCUGAGUCAGUAUCACUUUUCCCUUCUGAAUAUCUGCAAAAAAAAAAAAAGUUUUUUCACAGUAAAAUUACAUUU